AAAAAAAGCUGUUCUUUCCCAGCUCUUGUCCUCUUGUAUGGAGAGCGGAGCUCUGAGGUGGACGGACAGGAGUCACAGACCGGGUCGGAAUCCGCAUCAGAAGGAGCCACAAUAAGUUGUAAAUCUCAAGCUGGAACCCGAUCUUUAUGAGACCUGGUAGCCUUCUUGUAUUGGACUUUAAGAUACUGGAUGUUUCAAAUUGUUUAUUUAUUUAGGGAGUAAUGCUUUAUAACUUGUAGGGCAAGAUUCAUCAACACUUUGUCAUCGGACAAAGGAUAUCAACAACGAUCAGUCAGCUGGAUUAAUUGAGUAUAUAUUGAUAGGAAACUGGCUUUUUUGCAUGUUUAACUCAUGCAUUUUGUAUUUAAUCGGCUGAUUUCAGCUGUAUGAGUCGCUCUUUGCUCCUUUGUUAUUAUAUUACAAGGGUAGACAUAUUUAAUAGAAAACCUGCGGCAGCGGCUUGCUAAUAUAAUUUUGCAGAGUAUUAAUCUGUGUGCUUAGCUCUCAGCACACCACGUCUCCCCUUGCACUUCCUUUUAUUUGGUUUUUUUCUGGAAAAUGAUGCGAAUGCCUAAAGGCGUCUCUCCGGCAUCGGGUCGGGCAGCAGCGGGGCUUCCUUGCUCUCAACAGAAGAUGAAGGUUUUGUCCACCGGAGCGGUAAAAACCGAGUUCUUCAGCACCGGACUGUCCAGCCCUCCGAUGAGCACGGUACCGGUCGGGUAUUUCACCCAGAUCUGCAACACAGCCGCGGCCGAACAAAGAGCCAACAGCCUGUAUUCAACCCCCCACGGACCAGAGGCUAAACCCAUCAGAUCAUCCUCUGGGCGACUGCCGGCCAAAAGGAAGCUGGACCUAGAGGACCCUCUUUACCUCCCAGACUUCCGCACACCAAAAGGCAAAAGCAGCAUUGCAGCAAGGAUACCAAGUCCAAGGACUCCAAAGUCUCCAGGUGAGCGGACGAGGUAUGACACUUCCUUGGGCCUGCUCACCAAGAAAUUUGUGGGCCUGAUUGCCGAGUCUCCUGAUGGAGUUCUUGACCUAAAUUGGGCCACUGAGGUUCUGGAGGUCCAAAAAAGACGCAUCUAUGACAUCACCAACGUCCUGGAGGGAGUCCAGCUAAUCCGAAAGAAGUCCAAGAACAACAUUCAGUGGUUGGUAGGAGAUGUGUUCGAGGGUGGCGCAGGUGGAGGAGAGAAGGCACGCGCCCUCAGGAAAGAGCUUGGAGAUCUGGAGAAGGCAGAGAGAUCUCUGGAUGAACUGAUCCACUCCAGCACCACACAGCUCAAACAGCUCACUGAAUAUAAAGACAAUCAGAGGUUGGGCUACGUGACAUACCAAGACAUCCGAUCCAUUGGCAGUCUCCGAGACCAGACAGUCAUUGCUGUCAAGGCUCCUGCUGAGACCAAGCUGGAGGUGCCAGACACGGCAGGGCAAGGGUCAUUACAGAUCUAUCUGAAGAGUAAGAAUGGCCCCAUUGAAGUCUACCUGUGUCCAGAGGAGGGUCUUGAAGAUGCCAGUCCCGUUAAAAGUGUUGUCACACCUAAAAAGGAGUUCCCUCAACCCCUCUGCCCUCCAACUGUAGCCCCAAUGGCACCACCAAGCUAUAGCAUCAAAGAGGAGCCUGCUGAAUCCAACCUGUCUGCAGCAGCUCCAGUCACCUCCUCCGUUGCAGCGUCCAGUUCCUCUCUGCUGGAUGUCGAGGGUCUGUUGGGUUUGCCCCCCAGCCUGCUCCAGAUGACCGAGGACCAACUCCCUGGCACCUCCUUCACCGCAGACCCCAACACCCCAUUUGUCAGUUUCUCUCCACCCUUAGACCACGACGAUUACCUCUGGAGCCUGGAGGACAGCGAGGGAGUGUCAGAUUUCUUCGAUACUUACGAUCUUGGAGAUCUGUUGAAGAGCUGAGGUAUAGAUGAAGGAGGGGAAAGGAAAUUUAGGGAGGAGGGAGGGGGGUAUUUAACUGAAUGCCUUCUCGGGGUAGGAAAUAUUACACUAUGAAGCCAUCACUCUUUGUUUUUGCCAUGCCUGUUUUAAUGUUAGUAAUUCCAAAGGAGGAUUUCACCCCCUUGUGUUUAUUUUAAUAAGGUAAAAAAUCAAAUUUGUACAUAUUGAUGUAAAAUUGAAAAAUCUGAGGAUUAAAAUUAUCAAACUGGGAGGGAGGUGUGGGGCUUAGAUUAAUAGUGAUGUGUGUACUCCUCAACCAGUAGGAAACAGUUUAAAAACUGGGGAUUGUUUUGGAGUUUCUGUCACAUUUUCAGCUGCAGAUUUAGCUGAGAUUUUAAAAAAAAAAGCAAUCUCAUACAAAUGCAGGAGUUAUUAUGCAUAUCACAUCACCAGCAAAAAAAAAAAAAGAGAUGCAUUUGGGUAUCGGACUGUGUUUACAGUGUGACAACUCAGGAAUUUUGUCUUCCUUGUUUCCAAAGUCUAAAUGUUUGUGCCACUCUUUGGCCCGUAGGGGGCAGCCUUGUAUUAUGCCAGCUUUAACUGCCAUGCAGCUUCACAGGAUUCAAUCACUGGAUAAGAGUCAGCUAAAGCCAUUAAGAACUGUACACAGGGUGUGUUUUUAAGUGUCCUAGUAUCUUCACCACUGACCAAAUUAAGCUGUGAAGCCCAUCAUUGUAGAUACACAAGUGUUUACAUCUUUACAAUAUAAAUAGUGUGAAGUCUGAGCGUAGUUAUUACGUCAUACAACCGAUUUUGAAGGUGCUCAUGCCUCUCUGUCUGAUCAGGUUUGCUCUCACUUGCCUUAAGCUUUACGUCAGGCCUUGUACCUGUUUGGCGCUGCAUUGCGUGAUGAAACGCGCAGGUUCUGACAGUUGAUUCAGGACUCAGAGUUAAUGACUAAUAAUGGGUGCUUAGUGAACACAUACUGUAUAAUCUCUGACUGAACAAGAGAAUCACUCGCUUUUGUUGGUUUGGCAGCUUUGUUUCGGAUCCAGUUGCUCCUCUUUUGAUGUGAGUGUAAUAUCUGAUUUUAAUUGAUUAUUUUAAAUGAUUGUUGGUUUAGUAAUAUACAAGUACUAUUGUAUUUCUGAGGAAAUAUCCCCAAAAGAAAUUCUAUGCAGCAUCUGUGUUGCAGGUUGGUUAGAAGCGAGGUUAAUUGAUGUAAUUAAUUAGAGGAGUUAUGUUGUUUUCCUCUUGUUCUAAAAUGAAUGAAUAUGUUGAUUAAACAGCAAUAGAAAGAAUAAGGAAUUUAUAUCUUUACUGUUCAGAUUUUAAGCCAAUGAAUGCUUUUUUCCCACAUGUUGUGGUGCAACCCUUUUAAAUGUCAAUGACAUGCACCCGAGGUCAGAGCAGCUGUGACUUUUAUCUGUUUUUUUUAUUGAGGCAUUUUAGACAUUUUGGAAAUUUGAUUUUCAUACUGAUGUAUUUUUGGCUUUCCCUCUACGCUGCAGAGAUAAGCUGUCCUGUCCUAACAAAACUUGAAAACUUGUGUGUUUGUGUGUGUAUUUGACAGCUUGGGAAAUGGGUGUCAUGGUGUGUUUGCGUGUGUGUUGUUUUACAAUGUAGGUUAGUGAAUGUGAAUUCCGAAUUUGUAGUUUUUUCAAUGAGCAUUAUUUUUCUGGUAUUUGUACAUAUAUUGUUUUGUAUUUAUACCUAUUUUUUCAGAUUUGUUUUUGAAAGUUGAUACUGGCCUCCAUACAGAAGGCUUGACUGUUUUUGUAUGACAUGCAGCACUUAAUAUUUUGUAAUAUUGUGUGGUCUGUUUGAAACUAUUAAAUAAAUACUGAAGCCAUGGUUUA